CGGUUGGGUGGGGGGAUCAGGCAGUGGGGCAUGGAUCGCUCUGCCAGGCAGCGAGAGUUCUGGGUUGGGGCAGUGUUGGGGGCUCAGCCCCUCAGAGCCUGUGAGUCAGCACUGUCCUCGGGAUUGGUCUCUCCCCUUAGCUCCCCGCCCCUGGGGAGGAGCCAGGCAGCUCUAGGUCCAGCCUGUUCUCCUCUCAGCCUGAGAAGAGGCUCCACGCUGGGCGGGGAUGGGGCCUGAAACUGUCUGGGUCUGAGCCGGGGAAGCCAGAGCUACUUGUCCCUCUCCCUCCCCAGGACCCUUGAGAUCCCUGGGCCAUAGAGGUCCGAUCAGGCUAAGGGCCUGGGAUGCCCCCUGCCUGGCCCCCUUGCCCUGACUGGCAGGGGGGCCAGGCUGGGCAGCAGCCUCCCUCUCACUCCAGCCAUGGAUCUCCUGCCCCCCAAGCCCAAGUACAACCCACUUCGGAAUGAGUCUCUGUCAUCGCUGGAGGAGGGGGCUUCAGGGUCCACCCCACCGGAGGAGCUGCCAUCCCCAUCAGCCUCAUCCCUGGGGCCCAUGCUACCACCUUUGCCUGGGGACGACAGUCCCACUACCCUGUGCUCCUUCUUCCCCCGGAUGAGCAACCUGAAGCUGGCCAACCUAGCUGGGGGGCGCCCGGGGCCGAAGGGGGAGCCAGGAAGGGCAAACGAGGAUGGGGAGGGGAUCGUAGGGGCAGCCAUGCUGGACUCAGGCCCCCUGCCCCUCCUCCAGGACAUGAACAAGCUGAGUGGAGGCGGCGGGCGCAGGACUCGGGUGGAAGGGGGCCAGCUGGGGGGCGAGGAGUGGACUCGCCACGGGAGCUUUGUCAAUAAGCCCACCCGGGGCUGGCUGCAUCCCAACGACAAAGUCAUGGGACCCGGGGUUUCCUACUUGGUUCGGUACAUGGGCUGUGUGGAGGUCCUGCAGUCAAUGCGCGCCCUCGACUUCAACACCCGGACUCAGGUCACCAGGGAGGCCAUCAGUCUGGUGUGUGAGGCUGUGCCGGGUGCUAAGGGGGCAACAAGGAGGAGAAAGCCCUGUAGCCGUCCACUCAGCUCCAUUCUGGGGAGGAGUAACCUGAAAUUUGCUGGAAUGCCAAUCACUCUGACCGUCUCCACCAGCAGCCUCAACCUCAUGGCCGCAGACUGCAAACAGAUCAUCGCCAACCACCACAUGCAGUCCAUCUCGUUUGCAUCCGGCGGGGACCCGGACACAGCCGAAUAUGUCGCUUAUGUUGCCAAAGACCCAGUGAAUCAGAGAGCCUGCCACAUCCUGGAGUGUCCCGAAGGGCUCGCUCAGGACGUCAUCAGCACCAUCGGCCAGGCCUUCGAGCUUCGUUUCAAACAGUACCUCAGGAACCCGCCCAGGCUCGUUACCCCCCACGACAGGAUGGCUGGCUUUGAUGGCUCAGCUUGGGAUGAGGAGGAGGAAGAGCCCCCUGACCAUCAGUACUAUAAUGACUUCCCGGGGAAGGAACCACCUCUUGGGGGUGUGGUGGACAUGAGGCUUCGGGAAGGAGCCCUCCCAGGGGCUGCUCGACCCACUCCACCCAGUGCCCAGACCCCCAGCCACCUGGGAGCCACGCUGCCUGUGGGGCAGCCUGCUGGGGGAGACCCAGAAGCCCGCAAACAGAUGCCGCCCCCACCACCCUGCUCAGCAGGCAGAGAGCUCUUUGAUGACCCCUCCUAUGUCAACGUCCAGAACCUAGACAAGGCCCGGCAAGCAGGGGCUGGGGCCGGGCCCCCCAAUCCUGCCAUCAAUGGCAGUGCACCCCGAGACCUCUUUGACAUGAAGCCCUUUGAAGAUGCCUUGCGAAUGCCUCCACCUCCCCAGUCAAUAGCCAUGGCUGAGCAGCUCCGAGGGGAGCCCUGGUUCCACGGGAAGCUGAGCCGGCGAGAGGCCGAGGCACUGCUACAAGUCAACGGGGACUUCUUGGUGCGGGAAAGCACGACCACGCCGGGCCAGUACGUGCUCACCGGCCUGCAGAGUGGGCAGCCAAAGCACCUGCUCCUGGUGGACCCUGAGGGUGUGGUUCGGACAAAGGAUCACCGCUUUGAAAGUGUCAGUCACCUCAUCAGCUACCACAUGGACAAUCACUUGCCCAUCAUCUCUGCGGGCAGCGAACUGUGUCUCCAGCAGCCUGUGGAGCGGAAACUGUGACCUGUCCCAGUGCUCUCUCAGAAGAUGCCCUGCGGUCCCUUCCACCCUGUUCCCUGACUCUUAGGACCUCACAUGGGAGUGUUCAUGGGCUUGCCCUUGUGUAGGACUGGGGAUACUGUGGACACUGGGUUCAGCAUGCAGCUGAGAGAGACGGUUUGAGUCAGGAACCAGGGGUAGGGUCCUGCUUCUCCCCAGACCUCACCAAAGUAUUAAUGUACAGAGUGGCCUCCUUCCCUGGGCCUUGCCUGUGCCAACUUGAUACCCCCUUCCCCAAGGUGGGUGCUGGAGGCCUGGGCAGGAUGCCUCCUGGUGAUGGAAGAUGUUCUGUGGUGAUAGGCCCUGCGGAGCAAUCACCCUUCCAGGGAAGGGGAACUGAAUCAUACCUUUCGUCUACCCCUGGGCUCAGGGUACCCCAGACUCCUCUCAACAACCCUCCCUCCCAGCGUUUAAACUUUGUGCCUUUGACCAUCUCCUAGGUCUGAAGAUAUUUUAUGCAAAGAGUUCUUGGGCCCCUGAAGUCAAGGAUGGGGCUGCUGACAGCUUCUUGGCUUCUGGGACCCGGGCCUGUCCUUGCUCAGCACCUCCUCCAGUUCAGGUGGGGCAAACAGAGGCGGGAGUAGCAGCUGCCCCUCUUCCUGGGAUAUGCAGCCCUUAGAGACUGCCUCAGAGCCCCGCUCUCAGCCAGAGGGGAGAUGGGCCCCUCCUUGCUCAGUGCCUCCUGGCCGGGGCCCCUCACCCAGGGCUCUGUAUAUACAUUUCGUAAGCCCACCCCUCCCAUGUUGCAUGCAUGUUAUACUCUACAACCAAAGUUCAGCCCUUCCUCCUGGCCUCUGUCCUGCCUCCCCCUGCAGGGGUGGUGGGGGGAUGACGGAGCUGUCAUCCCAACAGGAAUUUGUAGAGGUGGGAACAGGGGCAUUGAGACUUUAAAGCAGUAGACAAUCCCCAGAUACCAUCGGUAGGUUUGGAACUGCGUUUAUUUUUUAUUUUAUAUGCGUAUAUUUUAGGGCUGUAGAUUUACUUUCCUAAUUUGAUUUCCAUAGCUUAUUCCUGAGCACAAAAUGAUAAUAAUCGAUGACAUUUAUACAUCACCUCUUUGACUUUUUCAAAGCCCUUUUACGACUAUUGGCAUUUUCCUCACCCCGGCCUGUGGGGCAGUUGGAACCGGUAGCAUUAUCUUUUUCUACCAGAGAGACCCAAAGAAGUGGAGUGUAAGCUAGGACUAGAGAAACUUGGCCCUCCCACCGCGAGGCGGGGAGGCAGAAGUUUGGCUGUUAGUUUCACACGAGGCGAGGCGGGGGGUCGCGGUUAUUGAAUCCCUUCUCCCUUCUCCAGGCCGCGCCCUGCAGCAGCAACAGAGGAGCCGGUCCUGCUCUGUCUUUAGGCCUUGUAGAUAAGGGAGAGUGGACUAUCUAAGUCCUCGCCUCCCUUUUUUUCUUUUCUUUUUGUUUGGAUGUUUUCACGGGUCUCACUUAUACCAAAGGGAAAGAAUCAUUAAAGUCCAUAUUUCUUCUA